AAUUUUGAAUCAUCGUGUGUACCUGACCUUAGGUAAGCUUUAGAGUAUAUUUUAUUUGGGUAAAUUAAAUAUCAUUUCAAAUGUAUAGCACGAUAGGUAUCGGGGUAAAGUAUGAGUAAAGUAUGAGACGCAAAAGGAAUUCCUAAAUUCCAAUAAAACGUCCCAAACCGAUGAUGCUUCCUUACUCAUUCCAGGGCCUUCUCUGCAUCCGAAAAUGGUACGAAAAGUGGCAUGAAAGCUAGAGGUUUCCAGAAUUUCGACAGUAUAGUACUAUCCGCUUUCAGGAGUCAACUCUCCUUCUCCCCAGCAAGGUCAACAUAGGGGUUGGCUGCCAUUACCAUUGUCUCACAUGACAUAACAUUUCCUAUUGAUAGACAUACACCAUCAUAAUUGCCAGGACAAUAUACUUGAAUUAAAUUCGCUUUGCAUCUCUUUCCUUUCCACCCCUUUUAUGCAUAAUAGCUGAAAAAAUUCCAUCUUCAUCAAAAAUGAUAACUGACUACACAGGAACGGAGAGCUUGUCUUUCCUUAAGGGUCCCUACAGGCGGGUUCCGUUUGAAGAUGAGAUCAAGGAAAAAAAACUUGCAGACAAACAAGAUGAAAGAGGCUUGCAAACCGUAAAAGCAAGAUGUUCUCGCUUCCUGGCCAGGAAGCAUAUUUAUCAGCUUCUCCGCUAUAAGCUCUCUGGCCAGCAGCUUUUAGUCAGUCGGUAGCAACCAUCGAUAAGGAAGGCGCCUAUAGCAACAGCAAAUGGGACAGCCGAUAUCCAGAAAUACCGACGAAGAGACACGCCACGGUUCGAGAGCCGCCUCGUCAGAGUUGCCAACUAUGGGACCGAAGAGGAGCACCAGAACCACCGACAGUCCAGCAGCUAGGGCCACAGGGAACCAGGUGCAAUAUCUCAUAGCCUGGGUUGAGCUAUUCGGAUCGGGGGAAUUCGAAGGUUGGCAGACCAUGAUGAGUUUCCUGGGGUUCGAGGAGGAAUUUACGAGCAAGACUCAAUGCCGAAAGGCUCUCAAAUACACCUGGGUGAAUAUAAUAGACUUCCUCGUCUCCGUCAAGACAGAUGGCGAGCCGUAUUUCUUCGCCAACCAACGCCAGCUUGGCAGGUACACCCUCUCAACCAGAAAGUUCUUCCCCAAGAGAUUAAUACCAAAGGGCAGUCCGCUCCGAAUAUUAUUCGCCAGCAUUAACACUUGAGAUAGUCGACAUCGCAAAUAAGUUGGUAACAUAGGGCAUUGUAGGAACUUUCUCCGAAAAAAAAAACAAAAAAAAAAAAAACCAAAUCA